CGGACGGUCGCCAUGACAACCAGUAGCACACCUGCAAAACGGGAAGAGAUAUUUUGCAGAGUCUCAUGUAAGUCUUCAUACAGCAUCAAGCGAUAAUUCCACCAUGCAGUCAUUGGAAAACCAUAAAGCAGGAAAGUUUGAGGCCCAGCUGGAGAUUCAGGACAAGGAAUGGAAUCGGCUCCUUCAGAGUUCCUCCAGAAACACCCAGGAGGAGUACUCCUUCCUCAGGAAACACUACCAGCUGCUCAGAGAAGAUUUCCACUUUAACCUGGCCUUGCUUGAGGAACGUGACAGAGAACUGGACAAAUAUGAUGUAAUGACGGCUAAAGCUGUGACAGUGGAGCGCAACAGGCAGGAGGAGCUGAGCCGGCUCCGUAUGCAGGUUGCGAGGUUGGAGGAGGAGAAAGCUGAAGAUGCUGAGGAUGCCGUCCUUCACAGACUUCAGCUACAGGAGCUCAAAAUGCAUUGCAGGUUUAUGAAUACUGAAGUUCAGAGGCACAGUGAGGAGUCUGAGAGGUUAAAAUGGGAUUUACAGCAGAGAAUAGAAGCUUUGGAAGGACAGUGGAGCACACAGAGACAGGAGAUGACAGCAGCUUUCCACAGGUCACUCAUGCAGCAGGAACAUGAGUAUAAGUUGAAAAUAGAUGAGAUGCAGUCUGUACUCAUGUGUCAGGAUCUGAAGAUAAAGCUGCUGACUAAACAGAUGGAGGGUUCUUUCCAGGCUCAGCUUGAGGCCAAAGAAGCUGUUAAAGCAUCUGAGGAAGUGUGUGAACAGAUCCAAACCCAACUGACACAGAAACACCAGGAGAUGGAAGAUCUGAUUGCUGUCAAAGACAAAAGGAUAUUGAUGCUCGAACAAGAGGUGAAACAGCUCAAGAGCAAACUGCAGAAAGAAAAGGAUGACUAUGACAGGAAGUUUAAGAAACAGCUGAGUGAUAGUUUGGAGACAGAGCGGAUUCUGAAACAGAGACAAACCCAUGUGGAGCUGGAAUGGCAGAAACGCUGUGAGGACAUAAAGGCCCAGAACUAUGUUGACAAUGAGCAGCUAAUAGAAGACCUGACCCUGGACAGAGACCAGACCAAAGCAGAGCUGUCUGAAAGAGAACAAGAGCUGCAAGACCUGACUGUGUUAUUACAGUCUGUUCAAAAAGAGCGAGACCAGGCCACGCAGGCUCAUCAGCAGACAUCAAAGGAAGUCCGUCACCUGCAGGAGCAGAACAACAGGCUGCAGACUGUUGUUAAUCAGAUGAGGAAGGAUAUGGAAGAUCUCACUCACCCCCAGGUGUCCCUCCAACACCACUAUGCUGAAGCUGCUGAUGCCUCCACAGUACCUACAGGUGUCCUCACAACUGAUUUGAAGAAGCAGGAGGUUGGACCGGUCCAUUUGGAGUCUGUCCCCUCUGGUGUUCUGGACCAGAGUGUACUGCUGCCACAACUUCAACAAGACAAACUACACGUGCAGCAGCUUCAGCUUCAGCAGCAGCUUCAGCAUCAGCAGGCUUUGGGUCAGACUGGUGGUCAUUCCUACAGAUGCGCUAAAAGCCACUCCCCUCAGCUGUAUUCCCGGCUGAAACAGGCCGUAUCCUGUAUCGCUCAUUUGAACAAAGAGAAACAGCAGCUCAUUGAGAUGGGAAACUGCCUCCGCGCUCAGAUCAGCGCUGAACUAACGGCUCCAACCAAAGAUGCAAAGAAGCCAGAACUGAACUCAUCCACAGGAAAACAAGGAGACCAACAUGAGUGUCUGGAUGUUCUGGAACAUUUACAGUAUCAACUCACUACCCAGGAGCUUCAGUAUCUUAUGAGGCAGAACAUUUGCAGAUUUGGUGAAGUACUCCCUGGACCCACUAGUCCAAGUCCAGUUUUAAAAGAGGCUGUGGACGUACGGUUCCAGACCCACCAGAACAAAGACCAGUCUGUGAGCCACAGGAAGUCGAUAGAGUCGUUGGGCUUAUCCACAGCUCAGUUGUCAUCAGGAGAAUCUCUACAUUCCCUGACGGAGCUUUGGAAGACCUUGGACCAAGGACUCAGUCCAUCCAUUUUCUCUGAAGGUGAAGGAGAGCUGAGCAGGAGCACAGGAGGUGGAGGUGGUGGAGUCCAGAUGGAGGUGAACGGCAUCAGUGCACCAGUGCACAGACCCCCCCCACCGCAGAACCAGCAGAGGGUCAACACUUCGACUGCACCGGCAGCCACAACCAGAAGUAGAAGCAUCAGCAAGAUCAGAAACUACAACAUCAAACACUGACACAGA